AUGCCUGUCUUACUCAGUAACGUGUCAACUUGUGACGAGCCUCUAGGAGUGUCGAGAGGUGAUGCUGUUCUAAAAUCAAAUUCCGCAGAGUAUGGGGGCUCGCCUGAUAAGGGCGCCCUGGACAAAGCUUCGUCUAGUCCAGGUGCAUGGUGCACACAUAUAGGCAGCCUCGAGGGCUACUUGCAGGUUGACCUUCCUGCCAUCAACCUUGUCACAGGUGUAGCAACUCAAGGUGCACCCAACGGUUGGAAAGUGCUCGAAUAUGUUCUUACGUUUAGUUUAGACGAAACCGAAUGGUGGCAAUAUAUGGAAGACAGCAAAAUAAAACAUUUUUCAGGAAACAACGGGUCCUCCCUUCACGCGGUGCGCACUAAUCUGACAGCCCCAGUACGUGCACGACUCGUCCGAUUCUGGCCCUGGAGGUCAGAAGGGAAUCCUUGCAUGAGGGUGGAAGUGUAUGGAUGUUCUGCUUGCAGUGACAAAUUCGGUGUGGAAGAUGGCAGGAUUCCAGACCUCAAUAUGUCAAGCUCUUCCGCAAGAGGGCCUGGCUUUGAGGCGUAUCGCGGGCGACUCAAUAAUCUCAAUGGAAACGGCUCAUGGUGCGCCAAUAUGUCGCUUCCAAACAACCAGCAAUAUCUGCGAAUCGACCUCGGCGAAGUGCGGGAAGUGUCGGCAGUUGAGACCCAGGGGAAUCCAUUCCCGGAUGUUUACCAUUUGGAUACUAUCAGGGAGGUUAACUGCAGCAGUGAAAACGUGACCGGUAGUUUGCCAAGUGCAGACAAUUCAAGCUUGUGUAAUGUUACCGAACGCCACUAUCGGGGAGCUUGGGUAAAACGAUAUUACUUGGACUACAGUCUAGACGGUAUAGAAUGGAAACAUUACCGCGAGUCAAGAGCACAAACGGUUCGUACAUCUGUUACUUUGUUCUUCGGUCCAUUUCCCAUACCAAACUUUCCUCACAUUAUCUAAGCGUUACUUUUAGUUUAAUUUACCCAACCUACCUACCUCAUUCUCAACUCCAGAAUUUUGUGAAGCAGUGUUUUUAUUACCGUAACACUAUUCACUUUACAUCACCUCACCCCAACUCACCUCACUUUACAUAUACAUCUCCUCAUCUCUCACAUAUUACAUACCUCGCCAUACCGCCACUUACCUCACACAUACAUCCCCUCAUCUCUAACAUAUUACAUUACCUCAACCUACUCCACCUCAACUCACCUAUUACAUUUCCUCAACCUACUUCACCUCAACUCACCUAAUACAUUACCUUAACCUACUUCACCUCAACUCCCCUUUUACAUUACCUUAACCUACUUCACCUCAACUCACAAAUUACAUUACCUUAACCUACUUCACCUCACCUCACAUAUUGCAUUACCUCAACCUACUUCACCUCAACUCACCU